AUGGUCCCCGCAGCAGGAGGGGCAGGGGUAGUAAUGCCAGGGAGGAUGGCGAGUCCGGGCCGGCUGGGAGCAGUUCCCUCUGGGUAUAACGGUGCAAUGGGCGCGCCGCAACAACAACAGCUUCCUCAUCAGUACCACCAACAACAGCAGCAUCAACAGCAACAGCAGCAGCAGCAGCAACAGCAACAGCAGCAACAGCAACAGCAACAGCAACAGCAGCAGCAACAGCAGCAGCAACAACAACAGCAGCAGCAGCAGCAUCAGCAGCAGCAGCAGCAGCAGCAGCAGCAGCAGGCGAAGCAGGAGGAGGAGUCGGAGUGGGAGCAGCAGCUGAAGGCGGUGCUAUUCCGCAAGGUGCCAUUGGACGAGGUGCGCGUGGCCACGGGGCAGUUCAGCCGCCGCCACGUGCUGGGCGAGGGCGCCUUCGCCGUCGUGUACCGCGGGCGCGGGCCCCACGGCACGACGUGGGCGGUCAAGCGCACCAAGCGCAGCCUCCCCGCGGGCUCCGCGGGCGCGCUGGACUUCGAGAACGAAGUGCUCGUGAUCUCGCGACUGUCUCAUAAGAAUCUUAUACGCUUGCUAGGGUUCUGCGUGGAAGGUGGUGAGCAUAUUUUAAUCUACGAGUUCGCGCCGCACGGGUCCCUUGGGUCGGCUCUCGUGCGCGGCCAGCCGCACUUGACCUUCGACAAGCGGCUCGAGAUCGCCGUGGGAACCGCCGAGGCGCUUAAUUACCUUCAUACUGCCACGUCACCGCCCAUAGUGCACCGCGACGUGAAACCCGAUAAUAUCCUUCUGGACGACAAGCUAUUAGCGAAGCUAGGCGAUUUCGGCCUCCUUAAGAACCUCAUAGACGGCGGCGGCGCGCAGGGCACGGUACAGGCCGCGUUCACUCGCGUCGCGGGAACGCCGGGGUAUCUCGACCCCGACUACCACCUUACAUCGAAGGUGACUACUAAGGGGGAUGUUUACAGCUUCGGAGUGGUGCUGCUCGAACUCUUUACCGGCCAGCGCGCAAUCCUCAUGGGGAAACCCGCUUGCGCGGGCGGAGCGAACCAGCAGCACGGGCGGAAGGCGGAGGCGGAAGCGGACGCUGGGGGACGAGGCGGCGGAAGAAGGGCCGCGGGAAUUCCGGGGAUGCCAGGGGUUCCUGUAGGCGCGGAUGGGAGCGAUCCGGUGCAUAUUUCCCAGUGGGUUGCGCCGUACGUGCAGUAUGGGGUGGUGGAGGAGGUUGCGGACGCGCGCAUGGGCGGAGAAUACGAUCCAAUCGCGCUGCUCCACGUGUUCGAGAUCGCGCUGCAGUGCGUGCGCCCCACGAAGACCCGCCCCGCCAUGACCGCCGUGUCCCCCUUACGUUCGCCCCAUAGGUCUCCUACCAGAAUCCUCUCUGAAGGUGAAGCACACAAGAAUGGCGGUGCCCCUGGAUUCGGAGGCACAGUGACAGAUAAUGGCAGGAGCUACGGCUACUAUAGCUCUGGAUUCCUUGCCAGUGGUGUUGACGCUGCUGGAGUGCUUGCUAGUGGUGUUGAUGCUACUGUUGCUGGGACUGUUGAUUAUACUGCUGGUGCUGGUACCGGUAACGGUAACAGUAGAGCACUUAGGGAUGGUGGUCGUUAUGGUUACACCACCACCGAACUACUAUUCUUGUCCGCGACUCCUCAGCUACAGGCGAAGAUGAGCGAGGUUUUCGGCGAGUACGAGAGGCGGUAUUGCGAGAUUUCGGGGAACGCGAAGCGUCAAGCAGCGGCUAUCCCUUCCUUACCGGCAGAUGCCAGGGACCAACGAGCCAAGGAAGUCAAUGCCUUGUUGGAAGAGGCCGACUCCCUCAUCCGGCGCAUGGACUUGGAGGCGCGAAGCCUGGCAGCAGCACAGAAGGCGGCGCUGCUGGUGAAGCUGCGCGAGUACAAGGCGGACCUGCAGACACUGCGCCGCGACCUGCAGAGAGCGCUGCAGGAUGCCGCUGCCUCUGCCAGCGAGGCCGCCAGGGACCAGCUACUGGGGAACGCGGGGGGGCAGCCGGGGGAGGGCAUGUCGCAGGAAGAGCUGGCGGCAACAGGAGCGCAGCGCAUGCGGCUGCUGGGAGCAACGGAGCAGCUGGGGGAGUCGUCGCAGAGGCUGGAGGCGAGCAAGCGAGCGCUGCUGGAGACAGAGGAGCUGGGAGUGAGCAUUCUGGAGGAUCUGCACAACCAGCGCCAGACACUGCUCAACGCACGCGAUAACCUGUAUGGUGUGGAUGCAAGCAUUGACCGUGGCCGUCAGAUUCUCAACUCCAUGGCACGCCGCAUGAACCGCAACAAGUGGAUUUCCAUCUUCAUCCUCAUCGUGCUCAUCCUCGCUAUUAUCAUCGUGAUCUUCGUCAAGCUGCAUCGACACUGA